AUGUUUAAGAGUCUUCUGGGAACCCAGUCGAGGACUCGAUCGUCUGACUCGAGCCGCCAUAGACAUCGUCGAGAUCGCGACGACGACGACGACAGCCGUUCCAAAUCCUCAUCACACUCUCACCAUCGUAAAUCGUCUCGCCAUCAUUCUUCUUCCUCGAAGCACAAGUCCUCACGAAGUGACGAUCGUGACGCGGACAGGCAUUCGAGCUCAAGACGGUCCUCGCGACGGUAUGAGGACGAUGACGAUGGCGCACGUUCUAUCAUUGCUCCUAGCGAGAUAGCGUCUGAAGCUCCGUCGCGGACGCUGGAUGGUGAGAGGAGCACUUUUGGCGACGACCCUAAUGACCAUUAUAAAGAAAGAAGGGCUCGCAGAAGAGGUCAUGGUGAUGACGAUUCGAUGCUGGACCAAGACUCGCGAGAUCCACGGCGUCGCGAGAGGGAGACAUACCCGGAGGAGCUGAGAUAUCGUGAUGAUGCCCCUUCCGCGGUAGGCUCUGACUUACGAGAUUCUUCACGUCGUGAUAGAGAUUUAUAUUGGGGUGAACCGCGACAACGCUCGCGAGACCGAUAUAACGACGACGACGACGACAGACGAAACAGAAGCAGUCGUCGAUAUGAUGAACCAAGUGCUGAUGAUAGAUACGAACCAGCUACUCGCUCGGAACGACGCAGCAGGACUCUAGAUGACCGAGCCAUCCCCGAAGGCCAACGGCCAAUUGAACCCGCGGGCCGCCGUAGAACUGCAGCUCCUGGUCCUGAGAGCUCGCGGUCUCCCUUGUACCAUACUGAUACCACCUAUCCGCUACCUACAACUUCAGGUCCUGAGGGUAUACCGCAAUCAUCGUAUCGUUAUCCUCCACCUACAUCGGGCUCCUAUCCCCCUGCAGAUAGUUCUCAGCAACCGCCUUUGAUAGGUUCAGCGGCCGAAUAUUAUGGAGACCAGGGCCAGUCGGUUCCGAAUCAACCAGGAUUCACAUCCAGUGCUAUCUCACCUUCUGGGCCUGAAUACGGUCCUCCUCCAAUGCCAAUACCCCAAUUCGAUCAGCACGAAGCUGGACCAUCCGGACCACCGCCUCAGCAUGGCACUGGCACUGCAGCACUGGGCGGUAUGGCCGCCGGGGCAGCUGGCUACGGAAUAAAUUCAGCCAUGUCCGGAGGAUCACCGUCCAGCGGACCCCCAAACACAUCACCAACUAUGCCAGGAAGUAUGCCGGCCGAUAUGCCCUCCAACUCGCUGCCUAAUGCACCAUCUAACACCCUUCCAGGCAGCUACCAUGAAUCUCCAACCAAUUAUGCACCAUCUGGACACCCGGAUGACCGGCCUCAACACCAUUCGUCUUCAUCGCACGGGGGCCUUGCCGCCCUUGGAGCGACGGCAGGCAUUGCAGCUGCAGCAGGUCUGGCAGCAAAUGCUUAUCACAAUUCACACCACAAUUCACACGGUAAUGGCCAGCAAAUACCGUACUCUCACAGCCAACAACAGAAUUAUAAUGGAGGCUUUCAGCAGGGAAAUCUUGCCUAUCAAAGACGCCAACAAGGCCCCCUAAGAAAGUUCGUUGACUUUUGGCGAGAUCCUGAAGGCGUGGCACUGUACGAAGAAUACUCUGAAAUCACUGGAACCUGUAGGUACUGCUUCGAGCCAGGAACGACCUCUCGAGAUGCGCCACGCAAGCAUAAUCGAUACCGCCGGAGGCCAUCCAAUGACAGCUUUGGCGGCCGAUCCAGAGUCGAUAAGCUGAGCCGAUAUGGUUCCUCUGAAGAAGAAGGCCAUCACAAGAGCUCGAACCGCAAGUCUUGGUUGGCUGCUGGCCUGGCUGCAUAUGUAGGCAAGUCUCUCUGGGACAAAGGUAAGAAGGACCGCCGUGAUCGCUCUCCAUCCAUUCGACGCCCAAAAUCAUCGUCCUCCUCAAGCGUGGGAGGGAGGGGAGCACCUUCUUAUGGGCAGACUACUGUCUCGGAAUAUUCUCAUCCACCGUCUACAAUUGGUGGUGGACAGAAACUAGACAGAUAUGGUUCCCGGAGUGAUGUUUCCAAGCCGUCCAUGUCAGCCCAUUCAAGAUCUAAAUCUGAAGGACACCGACGCCGGGAUCGAUCACGGUCAUCAUCAAGUGAUAGCAAGUCUGGCAGAUCUGGCCUGAAGACUGCCGCCAUUGCAGCUGGUGCACUUGGUACUGCUGCAGCCAUGUCAUCAGCCAGCCAUGCACGUAAAGAGAGACGGGUACGUGCUGGCAACCGGAGCAGAUCACCUAGAAAAUCUCGAAGACGUUACUCUUCCUCUUCUAGCUCCUCCAUGAUUGAUAUCUCUCGCCCUUCGGCCAACAAGGGACUGGCAAGCUUUUCAAACUUCUUUAGCGCACCAUCAGAGAAGAGCCGAAUGGGCCGAACCGGCCCGCGCAAGAAACAGCGGAAUUUGUUUGGCCUUGGAUCAACAUAUUCAUCUUCAGAUGAUGCUGACCUUGCGUUUGGUUCUGGCUUUCUUAAGUCGCGGACUCCAAAAAAAGGGAAAGGCCGGAAGCGGGACGAGGAUAUCGAUCAUAAGCUUAUAGGCCUGGGUGCCACUGCUGCUGGGCUUGCAGCUUCAGCAUCAAUUGCAAAUGGGAGAAAGCAUCAUGGUCUGAUUGCAGUCAAGGAGCGAAAAUCCAAACACGAAGCACCUACCGAUAAUGUUUGGGAAUCUGUGUCUGAUGAAUCAUCCUCUGCUGAUUCUGGCCUGGCAUAUGGAGGGCCAUCAUCUAACAGCCGAGAUUCCUUUACAUCUGACUCUGGAACUUCAAAGUGGCGAUGGCGAUGGGGUUCUUCAAAGAAGAAGAAGAAGGUAUCGCAACCCCUGGAAUACCCCAAUAAACAGGAUGGCUAUGGACGGAACUCCCAGGCCUCGUUUGCUCCACCAUCUAGUACCUACAGCCUCCCGUCCAUGCAGAAUGUCGACCCUAUCCCAGCUUCUGAACAAUCGUCGACGCCGUACCGUGAUGGACGCAAUUCAACUGGUGGCCCAUCAGCUUUUGACACAACCAAGCCAAUGCUCAUUUCUCACUCGGAGAAUACGGAACUUGGCCAGCCAAAGCCGGUAGCCCCCAUAUCUGACUCAUUCUACACCCAGGGGGACCAUGCAAUCAAAAAGCCCAAGCCUACCUUCAAGGAAAUUGCCCCUGCUGUGGCAGGUACUGUGGCGGGCGCGGCGUUGAUAGGAACAGCCCACGAGUACUAUAAUGACCACCCCUUAAAGGAUUCCAAGGGACCUGCUACAGCUGAUGUAUCCAAGCCCAAGGAUAUAUCGUCAGCUCAGAGUAAUCGAGAGCAGCACGACUCCUACAGUGAUGCAGGCCCAGUACAGCAUCGGCAGAAUCAAAUUAUGCCACCUCCACCUGUUUCGUUACCAGGUAAACCCGACCAAGGGCCACUGGCGGACAAUGUGAAAGUGGACCGGUCUAGAAAAGCAAGGGAUGAUAGCGACAUAUCUAUGAAGAAAGCAGAACGAAGAAGAAGAAACUCUUCCCCUGCCUUGGAAGACCACUACACUUAUGUCACUCCAUCAGAUCUAUCUAAGCGCAGCUCCGCAGGAAAAGGCGUCCAUUUUGACUUGACCAAGGAGCAGCAAGACAAGGAGAUGCGCCAGCUAGAGCUGGAAGGUGAAAAAGCGGCCAGACGCUACCAGCGAGAUGAAGAACCAGCAUCAGAUCCAGAGAGCCGGAUAUCCAAGUCCAAACGACUUCAUCGUCCUGAGAUCUCCCCGCCACUUCCUGAUGAAAAGUUCGAGGAGCCUCUUAGUGACAAAGAUGCAGAAUCAUGGUCUAUGCCUGCUAGGGUUGCCUUUCCCGUCCUCUCCGGUGCUGCCGCUGUUGCGGCUGAUCGCAUAAUUGAUGAAAAGAAGCGCAAAAGGGAGGAGCGCCGCAAAGAACGCCGCGGCUAUUCUGAAUCUGAGGCUGGAUCAUCAGCCGUCUCCAGACAACGAUUUGAUUCGCCUGACCGCCGCUUCGUUGAGGAACCCGGAGAACUAACUGAGAAGCCGCUUCCAAACCCCAAGACCAAGCCAACUUAUGAGAACUAUGCGACCUAUUUCGCACCUCCAGAGCUUCGCCGUGAAUCCAGCGCAGAGUCAGCCCCCGAAUCAACGCCAGUACCCAAACCCGGGGCAGCAAAAUUUCGUGUUAUCGAGCCUCGAUCUAGCCCACUUGAUACCGAGCUGACGAGGGCUGAAUCAACCAAGCGAACAAACCUGCCCUGGCCAGUUCCUCACCUGAACCUCAUUGAGCCUACGCCACCUCAAAGUAGGACUGGUUCUGUUCUGAGCCAUAGUGGUGAGACAAAGGACCUCCCAGUUGCCGAUCCCAUUGUGACUGUCCCUGAACAAGCUGCUGCUCAGGAAGAUCGGGAUGAUACUACCCAUGAUAGUGUACGGAAUAAAAAAGCUGGACAUAUUGCAGCCUCCGAACCCCCUCUUUCUGGUGUUCCUGGAGCGGCAAAGAAACUGAGUAGCGAUGGGGAUAUGGAAGUUAUCCCUUCCAAGGCUGGGACUCGAGAACUCCCACCCAGCCCCGAAAUUCCCUCGCCGCCUCACCAUAUGCCUGGUGAGUUUGGGGAUGACAUCGAUUUUGCUGCUACACUUGCUGCCGGCACAGCUAUGUCAGGGUUUGACCCCUCUAUUGUCACCGACAAUCCCGCUUAUCAUCGCCGUGCCUCACCUCCUAGGUCAGAGGGUGGUCAUAGGGAUAUGCAGAAGGAAGCUCCAGUAUCCUAUGCCCAUCACGUUUCUGAGCAGGAGCCACUUCCGCUAGCCAGUAAGGAGGAAGUGCAGGCUGUCCCUGCCCGUCAAAUAGAAGAAUCUCCGAGUGAAGCCCGUCAAGGUACUUUUGCUCGAGACAUGCAAGAUCUGCCAUCUAAAGAUGCCGACAGCUCUCCAGCGCCCGAAACCACAGCUGCAAAGCUCAGCAAGAAAGACAGGAAGAAACAGAAAGCUGCGCAGAAGAAGAGCCGGGAUACUGGCGAGAAGGACCUUGAACUAGAUUGGGAAGAACAGCCUGCCAUUACUCCAUCAAAGUCUGCUGAAGCGGACCGAAAAGUAAGGUCUGACAACAUUAACGAGCCAAAGGCCGCCAGUCGAGAUUUGUUUGAUGUAGAUGAUAAACAGAAUAAGGCCUAUCGUGACCUUUCUUCCAAGGGAAUGGUAAAUGAGCGUGAAGAAGUGCCUGGAAAUGACAGAGAGACAUGGCAAGAUGCAGAGGAGGAUAUACGGCCUCGCGACAGCUCGACUAAACCAGUGGAUAUAAGCUCUCCAGCUCGCGAGUUCGGCGGUCAAUUACCGGAUAAUAAACCCCAUACUUCAAUGCCAGGGGAUUUUGAGGAUGUAUGGGCUGAUAUUGGUCCUGUUGGUGGAAAGGAUAAGCCUUCUGUUCCUGCAGACAAGGGUCCAGCGGACGAACCUGAGCUUGCAACCGCUGAGAAAUCCAAGAAGAAAUCAAAAGGGAAGAGCAAACAGGGAACUGCUGAUGAACCUAGCUCUGUCGCAAGCGAGACAGCAGGACCUUCUACGCAUAAAAUUGAGAUAGACGAACCCGUUGAUCGGAACGUCGAGUCUAGCACUGCCACGUCUGUUCCCGACAUUGUUGGGCUAGAAAGGGGGAAGUCCAAAUCAAAGCGGCGCUCAAAACGAUAUGCUGAACUCAUCGAUUCUCGGUCAGAGGUUGGCGACACUUCCAAGCCAGAUGACGACAAUGUAUCCGUAGUCUCUCGGGCCAAGUCAGAGGCAGCAAAGGAUUCCGCAAAAGGUAGUGAUAAGUCUCGGGGUUUCUUUGGACUAUUCGGCUCUUCUUCAUCUGCGGACAAAAAGAGUUCCACGCACGAAAGGGACCGAUCACCUCCGCCAUCAGAAGUUUCAACAAGCUCAAAGAAGAAGAAGUCGAAGAAAGAUCGCCAUGCCGAUGAAGAUGCCAUCAAAGCUGACGACAAUGACUUGCCGGCAUCACGAGAUAUUGAACCAGUAAACGCAGAUGACGCAGAUAUUGACAAUCAACAAAGGCAGAAAAGUAAAGAUCGGAAGAAAGACCGUAAAAAUCGAUAUGAGCAGAUAGUCGAAUCUGGAAAAGCAAGUGAUGAUGAAGACAAGAAUCGAUAUGACACCAGUAGACAAGCAAAGAACGACACUCUAGAGAAAGAGCAGCCCCCCGGGCCUUUUUUAGAUGAUAGCCCGGGAAUAACUUCUGUGCCUGCUGCUACUUUGGAGCAAGCUCCCACUGCCGCUGCUGAGAAAGCAUUUGAUAGCGUCUCGGCCCCAAUAUCUACCUUUCCUCUGCCGCUAAACCUGCCGUCUCGUGGCCGAAGCCGUUCUGUUACUCCCUUGCCUGGGGAGAAAAUAGUUGAUUUGCCUACACAGUCCCAUAGCAGACCUUCAUCCCGGUCACGAUCCCCCCCGGGUACCGCAAAGCGAAUAUCAUGGCGGGGAGGGUUCAAUUUUGGAGACCCGAACAGCUCCCCCACUGCAAUUCCCAUUCAGCUCCGCCGACCACCAUCAACCCCUGAUAGAGGAGCUCAUGAUGGCCAGGUUUCUCCGAGCAGGCCUAAAUCUGGACACAAGCGACCAAAGUCCACCGAAUUCAAGACGAAUCGUGAGUUUAGACCAUUAUGGCUUGUCGAACGGCAUACCAGCAAAACGGAACUGCCUGAAGAAGAGACAUACCCAUCACUUCCCUCUAGUAAAUCUACGUCUCGAAUGUCGUCGGUCGAAGAUUUACGGGCCAAAGCGCUUGAAGACAAUGAAUCUAUGGAUAUAUUCUCAACCCCAAGACGCCGACCAUCAUUGCAUGUUGCUACUAACGACUCUUCUUUUGACGUAGAUAUCCUAGGUUCUCAGCAAGCCACCCCGACUGCGCAUUCCUUCAGACCCCAGGACCGGAAGCCAAAGGAGAAGCCGAAAUAUGAGUUCCAUUCCCCGUCUGAGCUCCUGGAGGGUCCGAUGUCGUCUCGAUCCGCAUUGAGCGAUGUUCCACAAUCUUCGGAUGGCACAGUUAUUCCUGACAAUAGGGUCCAGGAACUCGAGGUUACGGAUCUUCAGAACCUACCACCUCUACCUGAGUCUCCAGUCCACGAAGACCCUAAAUCUCGUGAGUUGGAUAUCACCCCUGAAGUCAACCAGGAUGUGCAGUCAACCUCUUAUCGUGAGCCUGAAGUAGAAGCAGCAGAAAUCCCAGCAGAAACUCGAUCAGAAACGAUCUCCCUUGAACACCUCCCUCCGCUUCCUGAUAGCCGCCCGUCUACUCCUACUGCUGAGCAGGGAGAGGAAACGGAGGAGCUAGUGGAGGAUAUCGAUCGUUCGUCUACUCCCCGGCCGACACAUCGUGAACUUGAUGAAUUCCCAGCCAAUAUCCCUGCCAUGAUCUCGGCGGUUCCAGACUCAGGCCAUGCCACGCCAACUCAGCUUUCGCCAACAUAUCGUGCGAGUGAGGCUAGUGAAUAUGAAUCUGUUGAUGAGGAUCACUUUGUAGAUGCCAGUAGCCAGGCACCUAUGAGCCCAUCUUAUCAAAAAGACUUCAACUCACCAAUUACACCUACUCAGUUAGCAGACGAUUCCGAGCCUCAUGGAGCAGUUACCCUUCUCCCUCCAGCUACCGCGGUUUCCGCCUAUGGCGUUCCUGAUGAAGGUAGCAUUUCCAAAGAUACAGAUUCUGAAUCUGUGAUGACCGUAACAAAAGAUGACAGCUUUGGAGGGGAACUGAAACCUAGUGCUGGAAGUAUCAAUGAUUCUGAACUUGAGCUUCCAUCCGAAAAAGCCAAGGAACCUGAUGAUAUGACUGAAGUCCCAGCACCAUCGAAAUCUAAAAAGAACAAGAAAAAGAAGAAAAAGAACCUUGAUGCAGAGCCUACUUCUGCUGCCCAAUCUGUAGAACCUGAGGUUCGUCCUGUCGCAGAACCAGCUCCUGAAUCAGCUGCUGAACCUGUUUCCGGGAAUCAGACAGUAGAAAAGGCCCCUCUAAAUAUCUCGACCGAUACCACCUCAUCUACGGCCACUGAUCAGGUCCCAAGCGAGGAGCCAGCCUUCUCUACUGGUAUUGGCGAAGAAAGCAGCUUGGUAUCCGUAAAAGAAGACCCAGUUGCUGGACCAGUCGCCAAUAAACCUAAGAAGGGCAAAAAUAAGAAAGGACGCAAAAACAAGUCUGCGAUAGAUUCUGUUGAAGGGCCAAGUCAGGAAUCCAAUGAAUCUUCGGCUAGUAUUUCUACCCGGAAGGAUAACUUCGCCAUCACGCAGGACGAAGGCUUGGGGAAUCCUACAAGAGAAGUAGCGGGCGCUCAGUUAGACGACAUGGUGAUCGAUUCAGUACCUGACAUCCAUUCUCAAUUGCAACAUGCCCGCCCUGGUAUCGUAGAUGCCAUCCCUCCAAUGGCAAAUCUUCCUGAUACAGAAAAGGACCCUAAAGAAGAUACCGUCUCUGGGGAAGUUUCAGCUGAAGAUGUUCCUUUACCAGUUGCAGAUCUUGAAGAAAUCGAUGCUCUCAACUUUGUUCUUGAUGAACAAGAGCCUACUGCAGCAACCAUGGCGCAAAUAAAUGACCAUCCGAAAGAUAAUUCGGCGUCUCUGCCUCUCAGUCCCGAGCAGAACCCGCAAGAUAUACCACUCCCCCUUCCUAGUGCAGAGGAAGCCGAUCUUCUUGAAACAACGAAUGAAAGCAGCGCAAAUGAACCGGCUCUACUAGAUAGCAUUUCAAGUGUUACAGGCCCUUCAUUCCCCCAUGAACCUCCGGUAACUGAAGUUGCUCCGCGUCUUGCAGAUACAGAUAUACACAAGAUAGAGAGCGAGGACAGAGGACAACAUGAAGACCCAGAACCUGCUGCAGGGGGCGAUGCAAGUCACGAAUCAAAUUUCCCAACGACUACAGGCCACGGUCAGCUCCUUCCAAAGCUCAAAGAAGAUAUAGUUCCAACGCCAUUUUCUGCAAAUCUGGUAGACGAAAAGGGCAUUCACAGUGGUACCGACAUGUUCUUUGACGCUGCCCGGGAUGGGGAUGCACUAGCCAAGCACGAACUUCCGGAUGAGCUGGCGGACAAGGAGCCGGAACCUUAUACCCCUGCCAUUAAGUCUGAGGAGCUUGCAGAGCCUGAGCCUAAGCAGAAGAAAAAGAAAGGUAAAAAGGGCAAAAAGGACCGCAAGAAUUCUGCAUCGCUUGACAACAUUGAAGCAUCAGCAUCUACGGAACAGCCACUUGCGGAAUCACUUGAAGUACCGGUGAGAUCUAAUGAAACGGAGGAGGCUCCAGCUGCCGCUCGGAAUGAAGAGACUGUUGAGCAACCGUCCAUUGAAGAGGGAUCUCUCUGUGCUAAAGGUGCCGAGGCUUUACCCUUGUCAACAAACGAUGACGCUAACGCGGCCGAACCUGGAGGCAUAGCCAAUGAUACACCACCACAUAUUCCUGGCGACAACAGCUCUCAAGAUGUGCGGUCAACGUCGAAGCAGUCCAAGAAGCAAAAGAAAAAGGACAAGAAAAAGCAAGCAUUGCUGGACAGUACGCUAGAUGAGACUGUUCCUGAGGCAAGCAACGUCGAAGAGGAGACUGAAAAGAGCACAUUGGCGGUUCAUGAUAAAACAACAGCUACCGAAGAAAGCGGCCAAGACCAGCCAGUAGAUAAGGCCAUUGUUACUCCUGUUCUCUUCGAAGAGCCGAAGGGUGCCCUCGUUGACAUUCCGGUCGAUGAAGAGCCGCCCAAAGAGGAUACAUUGUUGACUGGUGCUAAGCUCGAAGUGCCUACUCAGGUAGACGUAAGGGACGAAAGAGCUGUCGAGGAAGACUCUAACAUCAGCAAAGCCACCGAAGGAAGUGAAGCCAUGCGAUUCAAUCUCCCUCGUGAAGAAGCGAAAUUGCAAGCAGAAACCAUUCCAUCCACUGGGGAAACUGCAGUUAAACCUGCUAAAGCCAAGAAGGAUAAAAAGGGGAAGAAGGGCAAAAAGAAUCGGGAAGUCCCAUCUUUAAAAGAUGAAGAUCAGAGUUUGGAGAAAACCAAACCUGCCGAUGGGCAAUCGUCGAUGACUCUGGAGGCUGAGCCGUCUACCCUAGGAAGCCCCCCGGCCGAAGAAAAGCCCACGGAACCUGUCGGCGGUCUACCAAUGGAUGCCAAUGACGUCCCUGUGGAAACUCAUGUUGAAAACGCAUUAACAAGCAAGGAAAGGAAAAAACGCAAGAAGAACCGCAGUGUAUCAACUAUUGAUGAAGCCCAGCCAGCUCAGAAAUCCUCUCCGCCAGAUGUUCCUGAAGUUGAUACUGAGGCUCAAGGCUCUGUUCAACUGGAGGUCCAAGAUGAUCAUCAGAACACUGAAGUCUCUGAGCCUUUGGCUGAAGCACCAUCAGUCGUUGAUAAGCUACUAACUGAGCCUGAGCCUAUUGAAACCUUGCAUGAACAAGGACUAGCCAAUGACAACAUCCCAAUGGAUUCGCAGGCCUCGGAACAAGUAGCCGAGCAACCACUAGGUGUCGACGGAUCGAGAAUGGGAUACCAGCCCUUGGAGCCAUCAACCAGAACUGCUUCAGAGAUUAACGAUACACUUGAAGGGCCACAAGCCUUGGAAGCCCACAAGAAUGAAAAUCUUCAGGAAACUGACCCCCGGUCAUUGGAAUCUUCAACUUUGCAUCAGCCUUUGCCCUUUGAAUCUACGCCGCAACCUUCAGUCGAGGAGCCAUCUGGAACAAUUGAAGAGUCCCCUGCACCUGCCGAUAAGCCCGGGGUAUCAGAGCCCCCAGGUGAGAAACCAGCAAAUUCCGACGAACUUCCAAUGGAAGCGUCUGGUGAUAAGUCUCUACAAGCAAAGGGUAAAAAGAAGAAAAAUAGGAGUCAAUCGCAGUCUUUGGACAAGGAACCCCAAGCCGUUGAAUCGUCAUCUUUAAUUCAACAGUCAUCAAUAGAGACUCCGCGGGAUGGGCCGUCUGAUCCCGAUAAAGACGAAUCAGCAGAACAGCGGGAUGAUGAACCGCUUGAAACUUUGGGAAACAGCGAAGUAAAUGUUCAGCAGGACAUGCUAACCGAGCCAUUAGGAGACAAGCUGCGGUCAGUUGACGUUCCAUCCUCAGAAGUUCCUGUUGAUACCCCUCUCGCCCCUAAGGAAAAGAAGAAGAAGAGGAAGAAGAAGGGUCAAUCAAUAUCCAUCGACGAGGAACCAAAAGCCACAGAGUCCAGAGCUCCUGUUAAUGAUUUAGGGGCAGACCCUCUUAAAGAUGUUCCAAAGGAAACCUUGCGGGAUGUCGAAGCUCAGGAGGAUUUGCAUGUGGAUAAACAUCUUCAAACUCGGGAAGAGGAGACUCCAAGGCCUCAGAAUGUCGGCCAUCAAGACACGGAGCCACCUGCCCCCAUUGAAGAUUCUUCCGCCCAAACUCUCCAGGAUAUGCCUUCAGAGUCCCAACCGUACGAGAAUAUGGCGCUUGUUGAAGACACACCGGUAGACUCGGGUUCUUCUAAAACACAACAAGGUGGACCUACUGAUAUUCUCCAGGACAGGCAGCCAGAAACCCAGCAAACUGGGGACUCCCAUUCCAUUGAGGGUGAACCCAGUACAACUCUACAGGACAAACGGCCUGAAGUCACGGAGUCUGCGGAAGGCGAGCAGCCAAAAUCCAUCCCAUCUGAUGUUCUAGAGCUUGAACCUAAGGACAUUAUAGAUGAAAACCAACAAGAACCCAAACUUUCUGAUCCCCGGGGUCCACUCCCCGCUGAACCAACAGACGACAAGCGACUAGAUGCCCACCAUGUUAGCAUUCAAGAAGAGCAAGAAGCUGCACCCGUUGUCCCUCACGAGGUACAGGAACAAUCUCAAAUUGAAAGCUCUGAACCAAAGGUUGAAUCCGCCGAACUUGAGGAUGACAGUUGUCUCAAACCCCAAAGUGAUCAACCAGCUGAGAACCAAAAGGGUGAUGCAGUAGAAUCUCACGAAGAACAAUCAACAGACAUUGUGGACACAGCUUCUGUGGAGCCGCCAAUUGAGUUGACUUCCACACCUAAAGAUAAGAAGAAAAAGAAGAAGAAGAAGGGUCAACCCAAAGCUCUAGACGAUGAUACUGAAGUUAUAGAAACACUAACGACUGUUGAUCAACUCCCUGCAGACACUGUGGACCAGCCUGUACCAGAAACGCCAAUCGAAAAGCCUCUUACUGCGAAGGAGAAGAAAAAGCUGAAGAAGCAUCAAAAGAAAUUGUCUCUGGAGCAGGAAUCUCAACCAGUACCAACGCCUGGGGUUGUUGAUACACCCUCCGUGGAAACCCAGAAAGAACAAGACUUGGAGGUAGACACAAGUUUACCUUACUCCGCGGAUACCCAUGCCAAGCAGCCUUUGCUGGACCAGGGGAUUGAAAAAGACCAGGAGACACCACAUUUGGAAGAGCUACCUAUACCCAAGGAGGCAGGGCAACCUUCCGAAACUCUUGCCGCCAAGCCCUCAACUCAAGAGCCCCUAGCGAUAGGUAACGACUUGCCAGAGCAACAUAUCGACAAACCUCUAACUGCGAAGGAAAGGAAAGAGAAGAGGCAAGAGAAGGCAACAACUUCUUUGGAAGAUGAGCCUGUGGCCAAAGAGGAAUCAGUUUCUCGUGAAAGUGCCCUAGAUGACGCAUUCAGCACUGAGCCGGUACCAGAAGAGCAAACUCCUGAGAAACCUCUCUCAGCUAAGGAAAAGAAGAAAAAGAAAAAGAAGAGCCAGGAGGAUCAAGCUGCGGGAGAAGAAUUUUCAGCUAAGCCUGAGGAGGCCCCAGAGACUUCGGAAAGUACGUCAGUCGAAUUCUUGACCCAGGAGGCGCAGGAUGUUGAUAACACUCGGGCAGAAGCUCCUUUAGAGCAGCCUUUGACUGCGAAGGAAAAGAAGAAAGGGAAAAAGGGCAAGAAAUCGAAGCAAUCUGUGGGUUGGACAGAUGAGCUGCCUCAAACCCCCCAGGGGGUUGAAAUACCGAGGGAAUGUGAGACAGAGGCCUCAAUUCCAACCGAAUCUACUGCCACCACAGCAGUUAUAUCUUCGGCUGAACCCUCGCAGGAAAAUAUUGAAGGCAAAUCCCAAGGCCCGAAGGAGCAGCCCACCGACGUAGCUUCCACCCAGCCAGGCAUGGUAGAAAUGGAUAUCGGACGCACUGAUCCCAGAAUGACUGAGCCACAAGGAGACGGCGGUGAAGUUGAGACUGGCAAUCCAGACGAGGACGGUAAAGAAUUUCAACUCUCUAAAUCUCAGAAGAAGAACAAAAGUAAGAAAAAGGCUGAAGUUUCUUGUUGGACUGAUGAAAUUCCGCCUACGCAGGUUGACAAUGGGCCUGCAAUCCCUCCUACAGACCUUGAAUCCCAGCAACGAUCGUUACCCUUUGAUGAGGAACCUCUCACACAACCUGACACCGCCACAAAUGCCUCGGAUGCUCUACGAAAUGACGCCUUAGACAAUCUUCCUGCUCCCGACGCGGACCUGGCUGUAUCGGAAUCCAAGCCAUCACACUCCCUAACUAAUGUUGAUGGCCAGCCCGAGGAUGCAACCAUUGUUGAGGAGAAGCUUAUGGAAACACCAGUUAACGAUGCCACUAGGCCCGAUAUGGUUUCCUUGCCGGAAUCAGUGGGAGAAACCACAGAACAACAUCUGGCCCCUGAGAAGACUCGAGAAGGUAUCAAACCAUCCAUGGAGAUUCAAAGCACCGGACCGGGGCCAUCUCUCGAUGAUCAAAUCAUGGAAAACAUCCAAGAGAGUGCCACUGAGAAUCCUGCCGAUGAAUCGCUAUCUGACAAGAGUAAAGGCUUAUCAUCAACUGGUCUAGGAGAUGCCCUUACCGAACCUUCAAUACCUGAACUACAGGAUCAGUCGACACCAAUCCCUCCAUCAAUUAGCUUAUCGUCAAGACCAGAUGCCGAGGGUAGGCUAGUGGACUUGCGUGGGGCCGGAGCAUCAGUAGAUACAACAUAUUCUGAACCCAUCAAGGAUCAGGAAAUCCAGGUUAGCAAAUAUGAAACCAAAAAUCCAGAGACUGGACCGAUUGAUUUCACAAUUUCGGAGAAGAUUUGUGAACACCCGCCCCCAGAGCAGUUCCAAGCCGAAAUCUCUGAUGCCAUGCAAGAGACACCGACCGAGCUACCCAAACCGGAAGAACAUGGCCUUGCCCUUCUAUCCACGGAACAAUCACCAGCUGAUGACAAUGAUUCCGCAGCUACCCCUUUAAAUCGCCAUACCACUGAUGAUGUCCUGCUCAGGACUAUCCCUCAACUUCCAACUGUGUCUGAUGAACUCCCAGCCCGAGAUACAAGUCAGAUGUCCAAGAAGGAGAAAAAGAAGAAAAAGAAAAAGGGUGUGGUGUUGGAGGGAGAACCUGCUGUUGCCCCUGAGUUACCAGACAUCAAAAUGCAAACUUUACCUGAGGAACCUAGCGCCCCAGAAUCUCUCAUUGCCGAUAUGAAGGAAGAGCCACUGCGAACGCUUUCGAAAAAGGAGCAAAAGGCUGCAAAAAAGAAAGCUCGCGGAGCUGCAGCUGAUGUCGUCAAGUCAGGUUUCAAGGAGGACGUAGAAGCAGUUAAUUCUACCCCAAAUGUCCCUAAAAUCACAGCUGACAUUACCGAAACCACCGAUUUCAACAAAGUUGAUGAUGCUCCAACGACAGAAGAACCUGAAGUCGGUAUCGAGAAAACUCAUGGAUUGGAAACACAGCCCAUUUCUACGGUCAUGACAGUUGAUUCUGCUGGAAAAGAUAUGGUAACUCUACCUAUUCCACCUUUUGUGGACGACAACAUAACAGAGCCCGAGCCAGUCGGAGCAGCGGCAGAGAUCAGCCAUAAACCUACAUGGGAUGAAGGCUCAGGACCAAGAAAAAAAUCAAAGAAACAAAAGGAACGUACUAAAGGUACGAUUACUUCUCAAACGGAGACAGAUGUCCCAGGCGAAUUGAAAGAUCCUGAACUAGAAAUACAAUUGGUGAGGGAAGAACCAGCUCAGCAGCCAGUUUUAUCCGGUCAAUCUUCUAAGAGAAAUAAGAAAAAGAAAAAGAAGGAUGUUCGAGGUUUGAGUUGUGAUGUUGAAGCCCAAGCUGCGGAAGAAAAAGAGAUUGAAGCACAUACCAUCGAUGCGCCUGUCUGUCCCGACGUUGAUAUGCCUGUUGCUGGCGAGGCUGCAAGCCCUAAAGAGGAUGAGGUAUGGCCAACUAUUGACUGGGAUCAUAUCCAUGAUAAUGUAUCUAAUACUGUUCCGUACGCUCAGGUUAACAACGAACGAGAGAUGGACACGGCGUCGUUGGAUCUUCAACUUUCUGGUGACCAUGAAGUCAUCAAUGAUACCCCCGAAAUUCAGCACACAGUACUCCCCAAGACAAUGACACCAGGAAUUGGAGACUUCAGUGAAGAUACGGCUCUUAAAGGUGAUGACCUUCCGGAAGAAAAACCAGUAGAAACUUUCGCUGGUGAAACUGGACAAAAACCAAAGGGAGAGAGCAUGAGCGAGAUUCAUGAUACCAGGGCCCCUCAAUCAGCAGCGGAAACACUGGUCUCUGGCGGUGGAGCAGUGGAAGAGCGUGGACCGGACCAAGACGUGCCCUUUGGAGAGAAAAUUGACGCAAAUGUUGUGCCCACGAGCCAUCAAACAUCCCAGAAUGUAAUAGAUUCGGCUAUGGAGAUUGAUCGCGGCUUUAAGGAAGACUCGCAACCAGUAGCCAUGGAAAGUGCAGCUGCGGAUGACAGUACCAAUAAAGAUCUGCCAAUGAAAGACUUGGGUGCAGAGCCCUCAGUCGAACAAACAACAAGUGGGUUCCAUGAUGCAAAAGAGCCAGCCAUGGCGCUAUCACAGGAAACCCAAGGCACAGAACCCACCUUGGACACGGGAGCUUCGCCGGUGGAAACCGAGAAUCCCCCACAGUUAGCAGACAAGGGAGAAACGGCAGUACCUUACGACAUUUCUAUCGGCCCAUUGCAAGGUGAAAAUACCUGGUCAUCAACAGAGGGGAAGGGGGAAAAGGUGAAGAAGAGCAAGAAAUCCAAAGGCAAGGGGAAGGCACUCGAGAAAGACAAGGCUGAGACUGAGACUCCGUUGUUUGAAACACAGGAGCUUCAAGCUCCAUCAACUGCAAAGCAUGAAAUGACUGAAUCAGUCGAGCCUGCCACUGGCCUGACCCUAAAGCAGCCAGAGGAGGAGGCUGUACCAAGUAAAGAGAAGGGAAAGUCCAAAGCGAAGGGUCUUGUAGGAGAAGACCUUGGAUGGACCGAGGCCACAGAUAUAGGAAGUCAAGACCUAGCCAUACCUCAACAGGAUCCUCUAGACAGCCCUGAUCCAUUGUCUGAGCUUGUACCUGAGUUUGAAUCAGGGCCCUCAACAAAGCCACCUCCAGAGGAUGAAAGUGCUUUUCUUACAACGGACGAAAAGGAAAAUAAACCCAAGAACAAGAAAAACGAAAAGCCAGCGGUAGUUGAAACUGAACAGCCCGAAAACUUACCGCCCCCCAUAUCUGUUCUUGAACCAAAAAUUCCAACUGAAGUAACUGCGACAACUCCAAAUGCUGCAAGGGAGGAGGCUCUUGAACCAGAAGCCGAAUUUCUCCCUAAUGUCACCAAGAGGAAAGGAAAGAAGACCAAAGCUAAGGGAAAACGUCCAGGAAACGUCGAAUCUACGAUUGAGGCAGGGGAAAGGCACUCAGAAGUGACUCGUGAGCUAUCAAGGGAGCCAGAGGAGCUCGUCAAAUCCAACGAGCCUAGUUUUUUGUCCACAACGGGCCCAGGGGGCGGACCAGAAGAAGAUAUCUCACCCUCAGUGACAAGCAAGAAUGUGAAGAAAAACAAGAAAAAGAACAAAAUGCAACUCUCUGAGGAUCUAGUCGCUGAUACCACAAAAACACAGCUACUGACACCUGAGCCUGAGCAUGCUAAUAAACGUGCAUCCUUAGAAUCAUUAGAGGCGCCUGACUGGCCGCGAAAACAUGAGCCACACCCUGGAGAUGACAAGGCAGCACGGCAGGGUACCGGUACAUCAGAAGACUUGACGAUCUCUCAGGCUCUUGAUAUCGGUGCCCCUGGGAAUGAAACUUCUGGCGCGGAUAUGAAGCCGGUCAACCAGGCGCCUGAGGAUGUCCAAGUGUUAGACAAGUCAAUGGCUGAGCCCGAGGCAAUGAUACCGACUCCUAAACGUGAAUACAAUGACGACCCUUUUUCAGUUGAAUCAAGCUCCAAGGAGCGUUCGUCGGCUCUGUUAUUCCACUCGUCACCAUCCACUCGAGACUUCGGCUAUAUGACUCCAGCAACCCAUGAAAUACACGACCAGCGCGAAGAACGUCCAUCUACGCCUACUCCAAUGCAUCUACACAAGUCUAUAGAAACAGACAAGCCACUGGAUCACGCUGAUGACACAACUCCCCACGCACUCCUCUCUACCCCUGAGAAGGAGAUUUCAGGGCCAACCACGGCCAAGAAUAUUGCGCCUAAGGCCACCGAGCAAGCUCGACCAUCUCUCGAACCUCCAUCUCUCUUCGGAGGACCCUACGGACUGGCUGAACGGGAAAGGUCUGUCUCUAGAUCGGUAUCUCCUCCCAAGACGCCGCUGGGAACGAUCGAGGAGCACUCGGCUAUAUCCGCGCCGUACGAAGCCCAGAACCCUCCAGCCUUCCCCCCGCUGACCCCGGACGCUGCCCCUGCUAGCCGCGGGCCUGAGAAGAAGCAGCAAGCCCAGCCACAGACCUGGGCGACCCCGGCUGUCAACCCAGUCUACACCCCUGAAUCGACUCCUCCCAAGCUACGUCGGGUUAAGAGCCGCCGCAGCUCCGACCUUAAAGCGGCGAGCGAACGUGACUUCCGGCGCGGAAGAACUCGCACUCCGUCUCCCAGCCUCUCGCAAGAGGAGCAGGAAUAUCAGGAAGACGAAGAAGCGCGCCAACUUCCUUCAUCCUCAACGUAUGACCCAGUCACAGACAAGGGCAAAGCGCCGCUGCGAGGCAUGGCUGCCGACGUCUAUGAAGGAUGGGGCGAUGUCCAGGGUGCCCCGCCGCUCUCACCUACUCGCCCGCCCAGUGUGCGCCGGCGCCGCAGUCUACAGCGCCUCCAGGAGCUCGAAACUCGUCUUGACCAGCUUGUAUCGGAAAACCGCCUCCUAGGCUCCUCCAAAGCCGCCGCCGAAAAGGCAAUUGAGAGCCAUGCCGUCGCUCAACGUCAACAUGCGCGCGCACUAGAGGCACGUGACCAGACAAUCCAAAACAAGGAAUUGGAGAUACAACAGCUGCAGAAGUCCUCAGACUGGCUUAAGAAGGAGAUUACCAGGCUGACAGAAGUCAACGAAGGGCUUGCUGCUGCCAAUGCUAGCUAUGCGGCCUCCCGUGGCCUCGACGGUGGCAACCAAUCGAACUACAAGGAAGAAUGGGAGAAGUCGCAGCGAGAGCUGGAGAAGGUUCGUGCGCAAUACGCACAAUUAUCCUCAGGCCUAGAGCAAAUGGUCAAGCAUGAAGUCGGCACUGCGCUCGCAGAUAAGGACGCUGAAAUCCAGUUGCUGCGAGACAACUUAGCUGAUGCCCAGGACAAGAUCAAGGAACUUCAGGAACAAAUCCAGGCCUCAGCCAAGGAUGACAUUCUUGUCUUCCACGACGAGGAUUACUUCGACAAUGCCUGUCAGAAACUAUGUCAACACGUCCAGCAGUGGGUCUUAAGGUUCUCUAAAUUCUCAGAUAUGCGCGUUUGCCGCACCACCAGUGUCCUCCGCGACGAGAAGAUUGUUGACCGAUUUGAGAAUGCAAUUCUUGAUGGAACCGAUGUCGAUACUUACCUUUCCGAUCGUGUUGGGCGAAGAGAUGUGUUCAUGUCCGUUGCCAUGACUAUGAUGUGGGAGUACAUCUUUACGCGGUACCUCUUCGGAAUGGACAGAGAGCAACGACAGAAGCUGAAGACCCUCGAGAAACACUUAUCCGAGGUCGGUCCACCAAAUGCUGUUCACAAAUGGCGAGCUACUACUUUGACUCUUCUCUCCAAACGGCCUUCUUUCAAAGAGCUUCGCUCACAAGAUACCGAAGCUGUGGUCCAAGAAAUCUACCGCACCCUCUCAAAACUACUUCCACCCCCUCAUGAAUUAGAGAAAACUGUCCUGGAUUCUCUUCGCAACGUGAUGCGGUCCGCAGUCGAUCUUUCAAUCAAAAUGCGCACCCAACGUGCAGAAUACAUCAUGUUACCCCCCCUCCAGCCAGAAUACGACACCAACGGUGAACUCCUCAGAAAAGUCUACUUUAAUGCUGCUCUUAUGAACGAACGCAGUGGCGAAACAACAUCGAAUGAAGAGCUAGAAGCACAGCGUGCAGUUGUUCGCAUGGUCCUUUUCCCUUUGGUUGUCAAGAAAGGCAGCGAUGAAGGCGAUGGCGAUGAAGAAAUAGUCGUUUGUCCCGCCCAGGUCCUUGUUGCAAGGCCUCCAAAAGAAAGGAAGUCGUCCAAGGGCCUGAGUGCCGAUAGACAAAGCAUUCGGUCGACUCAAAGCUUCCCGUCUAUUAGUAUGGCCCCGAGCAACCCGAGUAACAUAAUGUGA